CAGGCGUGUCCCUUCCAGUGGGUGCUAAUCAAACACAUCCCCUUUCUGUUGUAUUCAGUCACACCUUGGUCCCACAAGGGAAGGAGCAGCAUAACAGAUCAUGUCCACCGGUUCUCUCAGUGAUGUGGAGGACUUCCAAGAGGUGGAAAUGUUGGAAUGUGAUGGCAUCAAACUGGAUCCUAAUAAAGAAUUUGGCAUAUCCAACGACAGCAAUGAGGAAAGCUCAACCUGUGACAAUGGUUCACCCAAAAAAGGCAGAGGAACAUCAGGCAAGAGGAGAAAAGCACCCAGCAAAAAAAGUCCACUGGGCAACAUUAACCAGGAGGGCAAGCAGGUCCAGAGGAAUGCAGCCAAUGCCAGGGAGAGAGCCAGGAUGAGGGUGCUCAGCAAAGCCUUUUCUAGGCUAAAGACCACUUUGCCUUGGGUGCCUCCAGACACCAAACUUUCCAAGCUGGACACUUUGCGACUUGCAUCUAGUUACAUAGCUCACCUGCGUCAAAUUCUAGCCAAUGACAAAUAUGAAAAUGGCUACAUCCAUCCAGUUAACCUGACUUGGCCCUUUAUGGUGGCUGGAAAACCUGAAAAUGACCUCAAGGAAGUAGUAAGCACCAGCCGAUUGUGUGGUCCCACGGCAUCAUGACACAGCCAGUGGCCCUGGAUGCAAAGACUCUCACAAGUGGGAGCUCCCUGUUUUGCAGAGCCAGAAUGAACUGGGAUAUGUCAGCCAGAGAAAAGCGACCAAAUGUACAUAGGACUCAUUCUAAGCAAAGAUUCCACUCUCUCUAUUUAUCUUUCUGCCUCCCUUUAUUUCAUUCCCAGGAGCCUUGCUGGUCCAAGAGCUACCCUGCAAUUUGUACAGUAUGUUAAUAAAUGGGGGGACACAGGCAGCUGGGCUUUGACAGUCAUGCCCUGGAAGAACUCUUCUUGCAUAUAUAUAUACAUAUAGAUUUAUAUUAAAAUUAUAAAUAUAUAUUUUUUUCAGACAGGUUUAGAUAUUUCUCUGAAUAAAUCUUUAUAUACAU